CCCACGGCGCCGCUGCCCCGCGCCCCAAAUCCCGGCAGUGCCGGCGCCGGGAACGCUCCGGAUCCGAGCCCAAAUCCCCAGAUCCCCUCCCCAGCCCCUCCUGGAGGUCGGAGCCGGCCCGGAGCAGCUUCUGGAGACCGGAUUUGUCACCGAGGGGUCAAUCCCGGCUCCGAGCCCUCGGCUCCUGCUCCGAAUCCCGGGAUGGAGCCGCUGGCUCCCACCGCCCUCCUGGCCCUGCUGGUGCUGGCCCUGGGACAGCCCGACCCCGCGCUGGACCGGCACUGGGAGCUCUGGAAAAAAUCCUACGGCAAGGAAUAUCACCCCCAGGAGGAUUUGCUCCGUCGCCUGACGUGGGAGAAGAACCUGUGGCUGGUGACCCUCCACAACCUGGAGCACUCCCUGGGGCUCCGCUCCUACACGCUGGGCAUGAACCACCUGGGGGACAUGACCAGCGAGGAGGUGGCGGCAUCGCUGACGGGGCUCCAGCUCCGUCCCCGUCCCCGCGGGAAUUCUGCAUUCCCAGCCCGACCCCGGCCUGUUGGGGACAUCCCCGAGGCUCUGGACUGGCGGGACAAGGGCUGUGUGACCGAGGUGAAGAACCAGGGCGCCUGCGGAUCCUGCUGGGCCUUCAGCGCCGUGGGAGCGCUGGAGGCGCAGCUGAAGCUGAAAACCGGGAAUUUGGUGUCCCUGAGCGUCCAGAACCUGGUGGAUUGCUCUGGGAUGUACGGGAACAAGGGCUGUGCCGGCGGGUUCAUGACGGAGGCGUUCCAGUACAUCAUCGACAACGGCGGCAUCGAGUCCGAGGAGUCCUAUCCCUACACGGCUCAGAACGGGACGUGCCACUACAACGCCUCCGCCCGCGCCGCCUCCUGCUCCCGGUUCGUGGAGCUGCCCGAGGGCGAUGAGGCUGCGCUCAGGGACGCCGUGGCCACCGUGGGCCCCGUGGCCGUGGCCAUCGACGCCACCCGGCCCAGCUUCUUCCUCUACCGCUCCGGGGUGUUUGACGACCCCCAGUGCUCGCAGGAGAAGCUGAACCACGCCGUGCUGGUGGUGGGAUACGGCUCCCUGGAAAACAAGGAAUAUUGGCUGGUGAAGAACAGCUGGGGCGUGCAUUUCGGGGACGCCGGGUACAUCCGCAUGGCCCGCAACGCCUCCAACCUCUGCGGCAUCGCCAGCUACGCCUCCUACCCACUCAUCUAGACCUGGUCUGGACCUGGUCUGGACCUGAUCUAGACCUGAUCUGCACCUGCACUCCAGGCACCUCCCCAGAGCUCCAGAUUUCCAUGGAUUCCAUGGAUUCCUCUACUUCCAGGGUCGCUUUCCAGUGCUGGGCAUUGUCUGGUGGUUGGAUCUGUGGGUUGGGAGGGGAUCCGGAGCGUGGGAUGGGGGAAUGUUGUUGAUAAGCAUCAGGGAGUUCGUUUUUGGUGGAAAUGUAGGGGUUUGGGAGUAAAAUGGUGAUUCCUGCAGGGAUUGGUCACAGGGAUAAUAGGGAUCGGAUACUGGGAUCACAGAGCAUUGGGAUCGGGUACAGGGAUCACUGGGAUCUUAGGGAUCGUUGGGAUUGGGUGUCAGGAUCACUGGGAUCACUGGGGUUGGAUACUGGGAUCAUUGGGAUCGCUGGGAUCAUUGGGAUUGGGUGCCAGGAUCACAGGGAUCAUUGGGAUCACAGGAGCAUUGGGAUCAGGUACAAGGAUCACUAGGAUCAUUGGGAUCACUGGGA